AUGGCGGCGUCGGCUGCGACGGCCCCGGAGCAGGAGGACCGCAGGCCGAUCCGGAGGGUUCGAUCCAAGAGUGACACACCUUACAUCAAUGAAGCGAGGAUCUCUUUGCACCUGGAGACAGCUGAAGAAGUAGAAAGGCUAGCAGCAAUGCGCUCUGAUUCACUGGUACCUGGCACGCACACACCUCCAAUUCGGCGCCGAAGUAAAUUCGCCAAUCUUGGGCGGCUAUUUAAACCCUGGAAAUGGCGAAAGAAGAAGAGUGAAAAGUUCAAGCAGACCUCUGCCGUGCUGGAGCGAAAAAUGUCUACAAGACAAAGCAGAGAGGAGCUUAUCAAGAAAGGAGUGCUGAAGGAAGUUUAUGAGAAGGACAGUUCAUCAUCAUCUGUACGGGAGGAGGAGAAGCUAGAAAAUGGCCGUUCUCCGGAGCCCGGGUGUAACUUGUCACAAUCUGAAGGUACUGAGCCAAUGGAAGGAGCGGCUGCAAAUGAAGAUUCACUGGCGUUUGAGAUCCAUGCCGAUUCUACAGGUCAACAGGAACUUAUCCAAAAGUUAAACCAAGCUCCCUCUCCAAAAAAGCCUUCUGUGUAUCCAGGGGAUGAUACUGAAUCAACACUGCACACACCUCAUACGUUACAAAAACAACCUCCGGCCCUUCCACCCAAACCCAUUACCAGGAUGCCAAAUCACAGUACAGAUGGCACCCUGGUAAAGUUGCCGUGCAUGUCAGUGAAGUUAUCUCCUCCUCUACCUCCAAAGAAGCUCAUGAUUUCCGUACCUGCAGGGAGCAUGGAACCCUUGCCGCCUCUGCUCGCCUUCCAGAAGUGCUCUGCCCCUUCAAGCCAUGCUCCAGUGGGUGGGCAUUCACUACAGUACGGGACACUUCCCGUUCCUCUUCACCCACCCAGCCGAAUCAUUGAGGAGCUCAAUAAGACCCUGGCCCUUACCAUGCAGAGGUUUGAGAGUUCUAUGAUGCGUGCGGUUCCCACGUUGAUGAUGGAAUGUGACGACAAGGAGAAUCUCCCCAAUGAGGCAGAUUAUGAGGAUCUACCUGUUCUGUAUGGGGAUGAUUAUGAAGGAGAAGAAGAAGAAGAGGAGGAACUAGAAGAUGAAGAAGUGGAUGAGGAAGAUGAUGAUGAUGACGAGGCAUUAUUUACAAGCACACUGGCCCUGAAGGUGUUACGAAAGGACUCUCUUGCCAUUAAAAUCAGUAACCGUCCGUCAAAGAGGGAGCUGGAGGAGAAGAACAUUCUACCACUGCAGUCGGACCAGGAGCGACUCGAAUCCCGACAGCAAACAGCAACCAAACUCACACGACGGUUGAGUCAGCGGCCAACUGCUGAGGAACUGGAACAGAGGAAUAUCCUUAAACCUCGAAACGAUCUUGAGGAGCAGGAGGAGAAGAGGGAGAUCAAGAGACAUUUAUCCAAAAAACUCAGUCAGAGGCCAACAGUAGAAGAGCUGAGAGAAGCAAAGAUCCUCAUUCGCUUUAGUGACUAUGUGGAGGUUGCCGAAGCUCAGGACUAUGACAGGAGAGCAGAUAAGCCAUGGACGAGACUAACAGCUGCUGACAAGGCUGCCAUAAGGAAAGAGCUGAAUGAGUUUAAAAGCACAGAAAUGGAUGUGCACGAGUCGAGUCGACAUUUGACCAGACAUCAAGGAGUGGUGAAGAUUUUCUUUUUC